CGCUCAUCAGAGAACAGUAGUAGGAAAAGUAGCAAUCGGAAAAGGGGAGUGAAGGAAGGAAAGAAAAGGAAAAGAAAAAGAUUAAGAGGGGAUAAAGGAAUUUACACGAACCCAAAUUGCGACUUCUUCUACAAGAGCUGUCGCUUAUGAUGCUUUGGUUGUUUCUGUAACUGAAGAGUAGUGUAGAACGAACCCCAUUUCGUUAUUUUGCCAAUUAAAACUUCAUAGCUACUGAUUCUCUCACUACCCAUUUGCAGAAAAUGGCAGAAGUCGGUGUCUGCUGGGAUUACUGAGCCCAAAUUUCCGACCUCCUUCUCUUUAUCCUCUAUCAACUGAUUCAAUUUGUCGUCUGUGCAAUGAAGAACUCGUUUACAUUUGUCAUUUCCAUAAUAUUUUUACUGUUUCUCACUCUUCAAAUCCAAGUUCAUGCUACUCCUGCAGGACCAUUGAUAAAACACUUGUCUUCUCUUGUAAAAUGGAGCAGGUCUUCAUAUAAAUCCUCCCCAGGCCCCCCAUCAGGUAAUGGGAAUGUCCUUCAGUUUGAGAAUGGGUACUUGGUUGAGACUGUAGUGGAGGGAAAUGAAAUUGGAGUUCUUCCACAUAAGAUCCAUGUCUCAAAGGAUGGCGAACUUUUCGUUGUUGAUUCAGUUAAUAGCAAUAUUGUGAAGAUCACUCCCCCACUGUCCAAAUAUACUAGAGCAAGAUUGGUUGCUGGGUCAUUUCAAAGCCACACGGGACAUAUUGAUGGAAAACCAAAUGAUGCUCGUUUUAAUCAUCCAAGAGGUGUAACCAUGGAUGACAAAGGAAACGUGUACGUUGCUGAUAUCUUGAAUUUGGCCAUCAGAAAGAUUGGAGAUGCUGGUGUGACAACCAUUGCAGGGGGCAAGUCAAAUGUUGCAGGCUACAGGGAUGGACCAGGUGAAGAUGCAAAAUUCUCAAACGAUUUUGAUGUAAUGUACAUCCGUUCUACUUGUUCCUUGUUAGUUAUUGACCGUGGAAAUGCUGCAAUUCGUCAAAUAUCUCUAAACCAGGAGGAUUGUGAAUAUCAAGACAGUUCAAUUUCCAACAGUGACAUUCUUAUGAUCAUUGGUGCUGUUUUGGCGGGAUAUGCAACAUAUAUGCUUCAGCAGGGCUUUGGAACCUCGAGUGUGUCUCAGACAUAUUCUCCUUUAGAGACCGAGUAUAGAGAAAAACCAUACAAGGAAGAGUCAACCUCGGUUAUGGACAGUGAGAAGGAGGAACCAGGAUGGCCAUCAUUUGGACGCCUCAUCAUUGAUCUUUCCAAACUGGCUCUUGAAGCUGUGGCUAGCAUUUUCCUUUCUUUUGUUCCCACUCGUUUCAGAGCUCGAAACACCCAGAAAGGUCUGACUCCAUUGAAAGAUUCUCUCAGGAUGCCUGAAGAUGAACCGGAGCGACCAACGGUUCAAAUGCAGAGAACUCCUAUCCCUCUGCCUGAAACAAGACAAACUCAUAUUGUCAAUGCAAGCGAUACCAUUCCUGAGGUGAUGAAGCCUUCAAAGCUCAAAUCAAGUAGUUUCAAAGAUCCCUCACUGCAAAGCAAGCACCGAUCCUCGAAACGUCAAGAGCAUGCUGAUUUGUACGGAUCAGGUGAGAUACCUCCACCUUACAGCAGGUCCAAAAGCCAAAAAGAAAGACCGCGACACCGCCAGCGCGAGAAAAGUGCAGAGAUCAGUUACGGAGCUGUAGGAUCUGAGCCAAAGCCAGUGGAGAUGAAGCCAGCCGAUUAUGACCAUCCAAAGUAUGAACAUUAUAAUAUCAGGAAUAAGUAUGGACCAAAUGGUUCCUUCGGAUUCUAACUACUGGGAAUCUUUCAACUCCCCUCCAGUCUAGCUUCCAUAUCUGGCACGGUUUUGGCCCCUGACUUACAUAGGGACUCGUGUUGCGAGCAACUCAAAACAAACUCAGGUAUUGCUAGAGAUCGAUGUAUAAUUCUAUACUUGAAUGCCCCUGUACUCGUAAGAUUACGAAACUCGAAGUAUUCAUAAGUUCAUGUGUUUUCUACUUAGCUCACGAGUUAUAGAUGAUCAUUUUGUUAGAAGAUACGAGGUAUUCAAAGACCUUUGAGUGCAUAUUUUUGUUAAUUUGAUGCUUGCUUUCAGAAGCUUGAGCCCUUUAAAACUGAGAAAAGUAUAUAUAUAAAAAGUUGAAUGUUAA